UCUCUCUCUCUCUCUCUCUCUCCAUCCCCUGCUGCGACAACCCUACUGAACUGCAGUCGAGUCAAUUUGGCCGGCACAUUGGUCGUCGGAGAAUGUUAAGAUAACCAAUCUGUGUCCUUAUGAUCCUAUCACCUGUUUCCCCCCACUUUGAGUUGAGCUCAUUGUUUGAAGCUUGACCUUGAAUUGUGUGCAUUUGUUCCUUCUGGAAGUUUGAUUAAGGCCACAAUGAUCGAUGAGAGCAAGUUCGAUGUCCGUUUGGAGUUGUGGGCACUUCGGAUUCCUCGCGAGCUCUGCAAGGUCGCAACUAGGCUGUUGAAUGGUCACUUGCUUGACAAGCCUCGAGUUAAGCCCAUUACUGAAGACCCAACAAGUGAAAGAAACCGUCUCGUCAUUCUGUCGGAAAAGGUUCAAAAUUCCGAUCUAUCAGAUGUUCCAGAAGAAGUGCUCGACCAGCUAAAAGAAUCGUGCAAGAUCGAGGUUGUUCCAUACUCGCUGACUCUUGGAUACUCCUAUUGGGGUGCAGACCAUAUAUUGAAGCAGAUUCUACCGCCUGGUGUCGAGGUUCCUUCAUCCUUUGAAACAAUAGGUCACAUUGCACAUCUUAAUAUUCAUGAUGAACUCCUUCCCUACAAGGAUGUUAUUGCAAAAGUUAUUUACGAUAAAAAUUAUCCACGAAUUCAGACUGUUGUCAAUAAAAUUGGAACCAUUACAAAUGAGUUUCGGGUGCCAAAAUUUGAAGUCUUGGCGGGAAAAAGCGAUAUGGUCACAGAAGUAAAGCAGUAUGGGGCAACGUUUAAACUUGAUUACAGUUUGGUCUAUUGGAAUUCAAGACUGGAACAUGAGCACAUACAUCUCGUUUCCCAGUUUCAAUCUGGGGAGACCAUCUGUGACAUGUUUGCCGGUAUUGGUCCCUUUGCCAUUCCAGCGGCUCAGAAGGGAUGCAUAGUGUAUGCAAAUGACUUGAAUCCUGAUAGCGUGAAAUAUUUAAAGAUAAAUGCACAGGCAAACAAGGUCAAUGAUCGCGUACAUGCAUACAAUUUGGAUGCAAGGAAAUUCGUAUCGCAGUUGAUGGAACGGCCUGAUUUGGAAAUUAGUUUGGGAUCUGAUGUUACUAUGGAGAGAGAUUUCAAUAACUGUGGUCGACUGAGUGAUGGAGGAGAAAUUGUAAAAGAGAGUCCACCAGUCAAGGUGCAACUUGUUGUGGAUGAUAAUGCAAGUGAUGAGAAUGAUGCAACGAACUUAUUGGCUGGCACUGUGUCUUGUCUACCUGCUGCUAAGAGGCCGCUAGAUACUUGCAAGGAAGGAGAAAUGAAUGGUAGCAGUUCAAAAAGGAAAGGAAACAACAAUAAAAGAGCACGGAGCCCCGAGUUAUCUUGUAGGAAGACUUGGGAGCAUAUUGAUCAUGUUGUGAUGAACCUUCCCGCUUCAGCCUUACAGUUUUUAGAUGCUUUUAGGGGGCUUAUUCAGAGGAAAUAUUGGAAGGGGCUUGCUCCAUGGAUACACUGCUACUGCUUCAUGCGGGCAAGUGAAACCAGAGAGACGAUAAUCGCCGAGGCAGAGUCUGCCCUUGGUGCUGCUAGUGCUAUCAAAGACCCAGUAUUUCAUCGGGUUCGGGAUGUUGCUCCAAAUAAGGCGAUGUAUUGUUUAAGUUUUAGGCUACCGGAAGGAUGCUUCAAGGAAGAUCUGCCAAUUGGCAUACAUUCGACUGAUGGAGAUUCCUAAGGAGCACUGGACGUCCGGUCUGACAAUGGAGUUCUCUUUGUGGGUGGUUCUCGUAGUUUGCUGCUCUGUGCGCCUAAUAGUCUACUAACCUGACAAACGAAACAGGAACUUAAUCGAAACCCCGAGGAGGUACUACAUCGGGAUGCAUUCAUAUCGGAAACUGAUAUUUGUAUAUUUAUGCUUGGAGAUUUGUCUUUAGUUUCCGGCUAGAUUUUUUGUAUAACAUUCGGCAUUAGCAUGUUAAACCUCUUCAACCGUUUACUUUUGUUCCCCCUCGGCUCUAGCCAUCUUAAUCCUAUGCAAUUGUGUUGAUUA